CAGCUGUGAUGUCUCUAGCCGACCCCACCUCGGACACCACACCCUUCUUUUCUGACAGCGAGGCAGAGGGCUCGGAAGAACCUGGUGUGGGGCCUAGCCAGCGCCGGGAAGAGGAAGAGCCAGCCAGCGGAGUGUCCAGCAUGAGAGCAGUGUUCACCGUUAUCGUCCUGUGUUUCAUCAACCUGCUCAACUACAUGGACAGGUUCACCGUGGCUGGUAUGGAUAAUCUGUUGCACCAACAUUUUCCUAACCCAACGCUCACCUAACAUUUCUUUAAUGGGGAACUACAUAUCAUAAGUGUUUAGAUAUUGAUCCUCACCUUAAAGGUCCUGAACAGUCAUUCUGAUUCCCAUGUACAAUAGCCUUAUGCGUGACUUAAACAUCACCCAUAAUAUUUUUUCCCAAUUAGAUAUAUAUAUUUUUUGUACUUUUUCUCAUGUCAAACUACCAGGAAGUCUAAAAAGACUGAGUGAGCGGGGAGCUAGUAGGCUGUAGGCGGGGAGGCCACCUUGACUGGCGGUUUUUUGAAAACACCUAAUCUUGCAGUAAGAUUUUCUCAAACAAAUUUGCUGAUACACAAGGCAACUCGAACAACAUUGAAAUUGCAUACAACAUCCAAUCCUGUCAUACAUCAUGGUUUCACAAAUUAUUUGUUUAUCCAACUCUUUGGUUAUUGUAACGGCAUCAAUAUAGACAAAAUGUUGGCUAUAUAAUUUAUCUAGCUAGCCCAAAUGGAAUUGUCAGCACUGUUUAUAAAGCUAGCUAGCUAAUUCAUCUUGGACAAUUUCAGUUGAAACUUUACAGGGUGAGGUCUGGAUACAUUUAAUUAAAUACAUUUAUAAUGACUGUCAAACAAUGUUAAUAUACAGUUGAAGUCGGAAGUUUACACACACUUAGGUUGGAGUCAUUAAAACUUGUUUUUCAACCGCUCCACAAAUUUCUUGUUAACAAACUAUAGUUUUGGCAAGUCGGUUAGGACAUCUACUUUGUGCAUGACAAGUAAUUUUUCCAACAAUUGUUUACAGACAGAUUAUUUCACUUAUAAUUCACUGUAUCACAAUUCCAGUGGGUGAGAAGUUUACAUACACUAAGUUGACUGUGCCUUUAAACAGCUUGGAAAAUUCCAGAAAAUGAUAUCAUGGCUUUAGAAGCUUCUGAUAGGCUAAUUGACAUCAUUUGAGUCAAUUGGAGGUGUACCUGUGGAUGUAUUUCAAGGCCUACCUUCAAACUCAGUGCCUCUUUGCUUGACAUCAUGGGAAAAUCAAAAGAAAUCAGCCAAGACCUCAGAAAAAAACAUUGUAGACCUCCAAGUCUGUUUCAUCCUUGGGAGCAAUUUCCAAACGCCUGAAGGUACCACGUUCAUCUGUACAAACAAUAGGAAGGAGACGCGUUCUGUCUCCUAGAGAUGAAUGCACUUUGGUGCGAAAAGUGCAAAUCAAUCCCAGAACAACAGCAAAGGACCUUGUGAAGAUGCUGGAGGAAACAGGUACAAAAGUAUCUAUAUCCACAGUAAAACAAGUCCUAUAUCGACAUAACCUGAAAGGCCGCUCAGCAAGGAAGAAGCCACUGCUCCAAAACCACCAUUAAAAAGCCAGACUACGGUUUGCAACUGCACAUUGGGACAAAGAUCGUACUUUUUGGAGAAAUGUCCUCUGGUCUGAUGAAACAAAAAUAUAACUGUUUGGCCAUAAUGACCAUUGUUAUGUUUGGAGGAAAAAGGGGGAACGCUUGCAAGCCGAAGAACACCAUCCCAUCCGUGAAGCACGGGGGUGGCAGCAUCAUGCUGUGGGGGUGCUUUGUUGCAGGAGGGACUGGUGCACUUCACAAAAUAGAUGGCAUCAUGAGGAAGGAAAAUUAUGUGGAUAAAUUGAAACAACUUCUCAAGACAUCAGUCAGGAAGUUAAAGCUUGGUCGCAAAUGGGUUUUCCAAAUGGACAAUGACCCCAAGCAUACUUCCAAAGUUGUGGCAAAAUGGCUUAAAGACAACAAAGUCAAGGUAUUGGAGUGGCCAUCACAAAGCCCUGACCUCAAUCCUAUAGAAAAUUUGUAAGCAGAACUGAAAAAGCGUGUGCGAGCAAGGAGGCCUACAAACCUGACUCAGUUAACUGACCUAAAACAGGGAAUUUUUACUAGGAUUAAAUGUCAGGAAUUGUGAAAAACUGAGUUUAAAUUUAUUUGGCUAAGGUGUAUGUAAACCUCAGACUUCAACUGUUUGUGUAUGUAUGUGUGUAUGUGUGUGUGUGUAUUACUCACAGCGAGCAAAGUGAAUGUGGCUGCUAUGAAAGUGAACUGUUUGCGUGUGUUCAGGGGUAUAUUCAUUCUGCCGAUUCUGUAUAAUGACUAUCAAUGAUGUUCAGAAAUGUGUAUGCAUCUUCCAAUUGGAAUGUCUCUCGAUAUCAUGACAUGACGACUGCGUCAGUUUUGGGCAGGCCUUCCCCCACAUUUGUUCCAUGCUGGCUGAAGACUUAGCUAGCCUCUAAUUAUAUUUGCUGACACACUGCAGUAAAAUUUUGGUACCAGUAGAGUAGCUAUCUAAACAAGGCACCUCUGCCAACAUGCCUUCUGCGAUGACAGUUACAAGGCUGUACUUAUUUAAAGUAGGUAAGAUAAUAAAAUGUUACCAUGGUGUAUUAAAAUGAUGCUUUAUGUGAUGUUUAUUAACUUUCUGAUCAAACUUUAUCAAUGUAGAAGCAACAGUAAUUUUUCAUAAUUUGGUCAUCCUACUUUGUUCUGGUUUCAUCCAAAUAUCACAUUUGAUGAAAAACAUGAUUUUGACUGUGCAGGACCUUUAAGAGUUACAGUGGGGAGAACAAGUAUUAGAUACACUGCAGGUUUUCCUACUUACAAAGCAUGUAGAGGUCUGUAAUUUUUUAUCAUAGGUACACUUCAACAAAUCCAGAAAAUCACAUUGUAUGAUUUUUAAGUAAUUAAUUUGCAUUUUAUUGCAUGACAUAAGUAUUUGAUACAUCAGAAAAGCAGAACUUAAUAUUUGGUACAGAAACCUUUGUUUGCAAUUACAGAGAUCAUACGUUUCCUGUAGGUCUUGACCAGGUUUGCACACACUGCAGCAGGGAUUUUGGCCCACUCCUCCAUACAGACCUUCUCCAGAUCCUUCAGGUUUCGGGGCUGUCGCUGGACAAUACGGACUUUCAGCUCCCUCCAAAGAUUUUCUAUUGGGUUCAGGUCUGGAGACUGACUAGGCCACUCCAGGACCUUGAGAUGCUUCUUACGGAGCCACUCCUUAGUUGCCCUGGCUGUGUGUUUCGGGUCGUUGUCAUGCUGGAAGACCCAGCCACGACCCAUCUUCAAUGCUCUUACUGAGGGAAGGAGGUUGUUGGCCAAGAUCUCGCGAUACAUGGCCCCAUCCAUCCUCCCCUCAAUACAGUGCAGUCGUCCUGUCCCCUUUGCAGAAAAGCAUCCCCAAAGAAUGAUGUUUCCACCUCCAUGCUUCACGGUUGGGAUGGUGUUCUUGGGGUUGUACUCAUCCUUCUUCUUCCUCCAAACAGGGCGAGUGGAGUUUAGACCAAAAAGCUCUAUUUUUGUCUCAUCAGACCACAUGACCUUCUCCCAUUCCUCCUCUGGAUCAUCCAGAUGGUCAUUGGCAAACUUCAGACGGGCCUGGACAUGCGCUGGCUUGAGCAGGGGGACCUUGCGUGCGCUGCAGGAUUUUAAUCCAUGACGGCGUAGUGUGUUACUAAUGGUUUCCUUUGAGACUGUGGUCCCAGCUCUCUUCAGGUCAUUGACCAGGUCCUGCCGUGUAGUUCUGGGCUGAUCCCUCACCUUCCUCAUGAUCAUUGAUGCCCCACAAGGUGAGAUCUUGCAUGGAGCCCCAGACCGAGGGUGAUUGACCGUCAUCUUAAACUUCUUCCAUUUUCUAAUAAUUGCGCCAACAGUUGUUCCCUUCUCACCAAGCUGCUUGCCUACUGUCCUGUAGCCCAUCCCAGCCUUGUGCAGGUCUACAAUUUUAUCCCUGAUGUCCUUACACAGCUCUCUGGUCUUGGCCAUUGUGGAGAGGUUGGAGUCUGUUUGAUUGAGUGUGUGGACAGGUGUCUUUUAUACAGGUAACGAGUUCAAACAGGUGCAGUUAAUACAGGUAAUGAGUGGAUAACAGGAUGGCUUCUUAAAGAAAAACUAACAGGUCUGUGAGAGCUGGAAUUCUUACUGGUUGGUAGGUGAUCAAAUACUUAUGUCAUGCAAUAAAAUGCAAAUUAAUUACUUAAAAAUCAUACAAUGUGAUUUUCUGAAUUUUUGUUUUAGAUUCCGUCUCUCACAGUUGAAGUGUAUCUAUGAUAAAACAUUACAGACCUCUACAUGCUUUGUAAGUAGGAAAACCUGCAAAAUCGGCAGUGUAUCAAAUACUUGUUCUCCCCACUGUAUAUAUUAUGAUAAUUUCACACAGAACAAUCAUGGAUCUGUUUGCUACGGAAGCAUAAGCUACUCCUAAAAAGCAUGUUGGAUUUGACUAUCAUAACUCCAAAAAGUGCUAUGGAUAAGUAAUUUCCCAUAUGCCAUAUAACACAGGUCUCUCUGUCUCUGUCUUGUUUAGGUGUUCUGCCUGACAUUGAGCAGUACUUUGGAAUCAGUGAUGGGAAGUCAGGGCUGCUCCAAACAGUCUUCAUCUGCAGCUACAUGUUCCUGGCUCCUGUUUUUGGUUACCUGGGCGACAGGUACAACAGGAAGGUGAUCAUGAGUGUGGGCAUCGGCUUCUGGUCCGUGGUGACGCUCGCCAGCUCCUACACGCCCAGAGAAGUGAGUGACACUUUCUAACUAUCGUUUUCAGCAGGGGUUGGAACCAAAAUUAUUUCUCAAUCGUUUCGUUCUGAACAGAACCAUUAUUUUUUGGGUUCCGGUUCACUGUUCCCACCUGCAAAAUAAAACCAGUUUGAACCCCAAAGAAGUUCAGGUUUAUAUCGUUCCUUUCUGUUCCUUUUUUUCACCAGAAUUAAAAUAAAAACCCGUCUUACCUUUUUUUAGUUAAUAAAUCCAAUGUGAAACGUGAUAACUAUAGUAGCAUUGAAAAGGUUAAUCCAUUCUUCUCUAAUUAAAAAUCUCUUUCCCCAACUUCUACUAGACUAUGCUUCCGAGAGGGAGGGGCAGGUUGGCUACACACACACCAGGAAAAAUAAAUACUAAAUAAAAUAAACAUUGUGAUAAAUAAAAUUGUAACUGGCCGGGAGAGGCUGUCUAUCAUAGCCUACACUCAAAUUUGCGUUUCAGCACCAUUCUCACACUCCUUGCGCGCACAUGCGCCUGCUGCUGAGAGAAAGAAAGAGAGGGAGAGCGAGAGAGAAGCCUUGGCCUAGACUACUGUUGAUUGUGAAGAUGGAGGCGUUUUUCAUUGAAGUAAAAUAAAAGUUAGAGGAAGAAGAGCAUGCCUACAAGCGGAAUGUCCGCCUACCAGAGUUACUCCUUUAAUCUAACAAUAUAAUACUUAUCUUUUAUAAAAAAAUAGAUUCUGAUCGAAAAUGAACGAAUUAGCCUCCUUCUGUACGCCUAUAUCUGUAUAGCAGUAGUAGCCAGUUGACAAGUAUAAAGAAAUCCAUGUUGAUGUUGGAAACAUGGCGCCGGCAUAUCUCUAUCGUUCUCUCGGUCUCUCUAGGGCUAAGCCUAAGAUUGUUUCCUUUAAUAUAUAUAUAUUUAAAUAUUAACAUCAUACAGUGGACACCUAGGCUUGUCUCCGUGUGUGAAGGGAUGUGAGCUAGAGUAAAGCUUGAGUAAAUCUUAAAGCUCGGGUCUCCACCGAAUUAGGUAAAUUCACCUUCAGUUUUAAUGCCCCCCCAUUUUUUGAAUAACCUGCAGAACUCCCUGCGUCUUGUUUCCCUGGUGGCAGUUUAGGAGUCUAAUGUUGAAUUUGUAAAAUAAGAAUAGCAUUUUAAAAAAUUUAAAUGUAAAAAUGUGGGCCUCCCGAGUGGCGCAGUGGUCUAAGGCACUGCAUCGCAGUGCUUAAGGCAUCACUACAGACCCGGGUUCGAUCCCAGGCUGUGUCACAACCGGCCAUGACCGGGAGUCCCAUAGGACGGCACACAAUUGGCCCAGCAUCAUCCGGGUUAGGGGAGGGUUUGGCCUGGGUGGCUUUACUUGGCUCAUCGCGCUCUAGCGACUCCUUGUGGCGAGCCGGGUGCCUGCAGGGUGACUUCGGUAGUUUCCUCUGACACAUUGGUGCGGCUGGCUUCCGGGUUAUGGAGGUGGGUGUUAAGGAGCGCGGUUUGGCAGUUCAUGUUUCAGAGGACGCAUGACUCGACCUUCGCCUCUCCCGAGCCUGUUGGGGAGUUGCAGCGAUGAGACAAGAUCGCAAUUGGAUAUUACGAAAAAGGGGGCAAAAAAUAAUAAUGUAUUGUGUUGUUGAAAUUGUAGUUGUAUUUUAUUUUAAUCUGCAGUUUUUUUGGUAAAUGUUAUUUUUAUUGGAAUUUUUGUGUUGAAUUUGUUGUCGUCAGGGCGCCAUUGAAAAUGAGACCCUGGUCUCAAUGGGCUCCCCUGAUUUUAAAUAAAAGUUCAAUCUUAACCUGAAGGCAUGUUAUUUUCUUCCCCCUCUCUCCACCCAUCUCUCCUCCCCUCUUUCUUCCCCUCUCUCUCCCUCUCCACCAUUCCUCCUGUCAGUAUUUCUGGCUCCUGUUGUUGACGCGUGGCCUGGUGGGGGUUGGGGAGGCCAGUUACUCCACCAUCGCCCCAACCAUCAUCGCUGACCUGUACGUCAAGGAGAGGAGGACGCAGAUGCUCUCUGUCUUCUAUUUUGCCAUUCCAGUGGGCAGGUGGGGUCAUAGAACAUAUACAUAUAAUAAUGAAUACAGCUGUGUCCAUCAUUGUUAUCUGUGAUAAGAGGAGCCAAUUGACCCUGUGGUGAAUGUUUGUUCCAUUGUCCUUCCUUCCUCAGUGGUCUAGGCUACAUCGUGGGGUCAAAGGUUGAUGACAUGGCAGGGGACUGGCAUUGGGCGCUGCGGGUGAGUUAACACAUCCCCUGAGCUUUUGGAUAUUAUACUUACUUCUCAACACAAAAGUUACUCAAAAUACAUACACUCUCAACCAUAAAAGGAAUAAUAUAAAAAUGCAUAAAAGCAUGGUGGUACCUUUCAUCUGACUCUUAAUAAUUCAAUGUGUCCAUGUUUUAGUUCUAUCUGUGAACAUCAGAUACAUCAAUUAUGCCAUUAAAAUUGUGGUUAUUCCCCCUAGGUGACUCCUGCGUUAGGACUAGUAGCGGUCGUGUUGCUGUUAUUUGUGGUGAAAGAGCCGAAAAGGGGUGCUAUCGAGGACAGACAGGAGCACACCCUCCAAAGGACCAGCUGGCUGGGUGACAUGAAGGCCCUUUGCAGAAAGUAUGUCCACCAUCAAAAAAUCAAAUCACAUUUUAUUCAUCACAUGCGCCGAAUACAACAGGUGUAGACCUUACAGUGAAAUGUUUACUUACAAGCCCUUAACCAACAAUGUAGUUUUAAGAAAGAAUACCUACAAAAAUAAAAGUAACAAAUAAUUAAAGGGCAGCAGUAAAAUAACAAUAGCAAGGCUAUAUACAGGGGGUACCGAGUCAAUGUGCGAGGGUAAUAUGUUCAUGUAGGUAGAGUUAUUAAAGUGACUAUGCAUAGAUAAUAAACAGAGUAGCAGCAGCGUAAAGGGGGGGGGGGGGCAAUGCAAAUAGUCUGGGUAGCCAUUUGAUUAGAUGUUCAGGAGUCUUAUGGGUCUAGGGUUUCUGGGAUAAUGGUGUUGAUCACAAGCCCAGUAUCAAAUUAUAUCCCUGUGUAGAGCACUACUUUUGACCAGAGCUGAGUAUCAAAUCGCAUUCUAUUUUCUAUAUUGUGUUGAGUCUGAAAUGACACCCAUGUUCCCUGUAAUAGUCCACUAUGUUUUGACCAUAUCUCUAUAGCUCUGUAUUCAUUGCACAAUUAUAAUGCAUCUUUGGUACUAUAGAAGAGUUAUCAAACUAAUAUCUUUGUGUGUGUCUGUGUGCAGCCCCAGCUUUGUGCUGUCUACGUUUGGCUUCACAGCAGUGGCCUUUGUGACUGGCUCCUUGGCACUCUGGGCCCCGGCCUUCCUCUUCAGAGCUGCUGUCUUCACCGGAGAGCGGCCCCCCUGUGUUAAGGGGCCCUGCGACACCUCUGACAGGUAACACACCGACAUCUGAUACGUAACACACACACACAGACAAACUCACACCGACAUCCAACAGGUGACACACAAACGUCCGACACACACAGGAACUAGGUGCUGAACAAAGACUCUUUAUAAUCAGUCAGAAUGUUAAGGGAUCAUCGCACUCCUCUGUAAUCACAGGAUAAGAUUGAAUCAUCACAACAUUGUUGCCACUACUACACUCGACUCCUGAUAACUGCAAUGGCUUUGGACGACAGUAGGAGUCAGUGAAUAGAGAGCAGCAGUAGAGACUAGACAUCAAACUUUGGCUAUCAAAGGAAUCCAGUUUAUCAGGAAAUAGUCAAUUCUCAAAACAUCAAAAACCACACAGAUGAGUCAACAAGGGUAAACAAAUGUCUCCUUCUCACUCUCUCCCUCCCCAGCUUGUACUUUGGCAUCAUCACAGUUGUGUCAGGGAUCCUGGGUGUGGCCAGUGGUGCGGAGGCCAGUAGGCGGCUGAGGUUGAGGACACCAAGGGCAGACCCCCUGGUGUGUGCUCUAGGACUCCUCCUCUCAGCUCCCUUCCUCUACCUCGCCAUCGUCUUCGCUCAGGCCAGCCCCAUCGCCACCUACGUAAGUCAACACCCAUCUCUCUCGCUCUCUCUCUGUGUGGCCAUGUACGAAUACAUGCGUUCUAAGUAGUAUGCAUUUUCGGUAUGGACAAUUCCACGGUAACGGAAUUGCACGGAGACUUAAAAUGUAUGGCAAACAAAACCAUUGAUUUUUAUAAUUUAACAAACCAUACAACUCUAUGCAUAAGGACUACUUGUAAAACCUUAAAUGUAAAUUGUUAAAACAAAACAAUUUGUUUACAAAAAAAAAAAAAAAAGUUAAAAAGAAAGUUUUACAAAAACACAUUUACUGGAAGAAUGGUGAAGAGGCAAAAAUCUCCCUCAGUUUUUAUGAAUCCAAGUUUUCCAAAAACUGUUGUUAAAUAUCUGCUCCGAAUUAAGAUUCAGCGACGUCUGCGAAAAUAAUGGGGUGUCAGCUAUGACAUGAACAUCUCUUUUGGUUAUUGAACUACAGUAAGUGAAGUGGAUUUACACCCGAUAACGGAAUUUCAUCAUUGGUCCCUGAUCUGUACUACACAGAAAUGCAUAAUUAUGGAUAUGUAAUUCUCUUCAUGUAUCCUAAAUGGGUACACACAAGUUUUAAUAUGCAAUGUCCUCUUUUGCAUAUUUGGCUAUUAUUCUACACACUGGAUGUUAUUUUAAUGAGCUCUGCCCCCAGACAAGACCAAAUUUGGUUGGUCCAGACCAGACCAAAUCUGAACCAAUCAUAGACGUCUAUGUUUCACAAGUUUGGACAUCAAAGUAAAGCACGGUAGAGCUCAGUAAGUACAAUGCUGUAUAGUUCAGUACAGUACAUUAUAUUGUACUCAACUCUAGUCUGCUCUACUUUUACUUGUUACUUCUGUGAACUUUAAUUAUCCUCCCUCUUCAUGAAGGCCAAUGCAGCUAGCUAAGCCUACUCAAACAGAGAGGGAUGCUAUGUUAGCUGAUGUGUUGUGCACUGAAGUCCACAAGUGAAGGGAAAAGGUGAGAGGAGGAGAGCGCAUAGAUGGUUGUAAGAAAUAUAUAUAUAUAUAUAUAUACAGUAUCUCACAAAAGUGAGUACACCCCUCACAUUUUUGUAAAUAUUUAAGUAUAUCUUUUCAUGUGACAACACUGAAGAAAUGACACUUUGCUACAAUGUAAAGUAGUGAGUGUUCAGCUUGUAUAACAGUGUAAAUUUGCUGUCCCCUCAAAAUAACACAACACACAGCCAUUAAUGUCUAAACCGCUGGCAACAAAAGUGAGUACACCCCUAAGUAAAAAUGUCCAUUGGGCCCAAAGUGUCAAUAUUUUGUGUGGCCACCAUUAUUUUCCAGCACUGCCUUAACCCCCUUGGGCAUGGAGUUCACCAGAGCUUCACAGGUUGCCACUGGAGUCCUCUUCCACUCCUCCAUGACGACAUCACGGAGCUGGUGGAUGUUAGAGACCUUGCACUCCUCCACCUUCCGUUUGAGGAUGCCCCACAGAUGCUCAAUAGGGUUUAGGUCUGGAGACAUGCUUGGCCAGUCCAUCACCAUUACCCUCAGCUUCUUUAGCAAGGCAGUGGUCGUCUUGGAGUUGUGUUUGGGGUCGUUAUCAUGUUGGAAUACUGCCCUGCGGCCCAGUUUUCGAAGGGAGGGGAUCAUGCUCUGCUUCAGUAUGUCACAGUACAUGUUGGCAUUCAUGGUUCCCUCGAUGAACUGUAGCUCCCAAGUGCCGGCACUCAUACAGCCCCAGACCAUGACACUCCCACCACCAUGCUUGACUGUAGGCAAGACACACUUGUCUUUGUACUCCUCACCUGGUUGCUGCCACACACGCUUGACACCAUCUGAACCAAAUAAGUUUAUCUUGGUCUCAUCAGACCACAGGACAUGGUUCCAGUAAUCCAUGUCCUUAGUCUGCUUGUCUUCAGCAAACUGUUUGCGGGCUUUCUUGUGCAUCAUCUUUAGAAGAGGCUUCCUUCUGGGACGACAGCCAUGCAGACCAAUUUGAUGCAGUGUGCGGCGUAUGGUCUGAGCACUGACAGGCUGACCCCCCACCCCUUCAACCGCUGCAGCAAUGCUGGCAGCACUCAUACGUCUAUUUCCCAAAGACAACCUCUGGAUAUGACGCUGAGCACGUGCACUCAACUUCUUUGGUCGACCAUGGCGAGGCCUGUUCUGAGUGGAACCUGUCCUGUUAAACCGCUGUAUGGUCUUGGCCACCGUGUGCAGCUCAGUUUCAUGGUCUUGGCAAUCUUCUUAUAGCCCAGGCCAUCUUUAUGUAUAGCAACAAAUCUAUUUUUCAGAUCCUCGAGAGAUUUUUUUUUUUUUUUUUUUUUUUAAUAAAUAAAAAAAAUCACCUUUAUUUAACCAGGUAAACCAGUUGAGAACAAGUUCUCAUUUACAACUGCGACCUGGCCAAGAUAAAGCAAAGCAGUGCGAUAAAAACAACAACACAGAGUUACAUAUGGGGUAAAACAAAAAAGUAAAAAAUACAACAGAAAUACAUAUAUAUACAGUGUGUGCAAAUGUAGCAAGUUAUGGAGGUAAGGCAAUAAAUAGGCUAUAGUGCAAAAUAAUUACAAUUAGUAUUAACACUGGAAUGAUAGAUGUGCAAGAGAUGAUGUGCAAAUAGAGAUACUGGGGUACAAAUGAGCAAAAUAAAUAACAAUAUAGGGAUGAGGUAGUUGGGCGGGCUAAUUUCAGAUGGGCUGUGUACAGGUGCAGUGAUCGGUAAGGUGCUCUGACAACUGAUGCUUAAAGUUAGUGAGGGAGAUAAGAGUCUCCAGCUUCAGAGAUUUUUGCAAUUCGUUCCAGUCAUUGGCAGCAGAGAACUGGAAGGAAUGGCGGCCAAAGGAGGUGUUGGCUUUGGGAAUGACCAGUGAGAUAUACCUGCUGGAGCGCAGACUACGGGUGGGUGUUGCUAUGGUGACCAAUGAGCUAAGAUAAGGCGGGGAUUUGCCUAGCAGUGAUUUAUAGAUGGCCUGGAGCCAGUGGGUUUUGGCGACGAAUAUGUAGUGAGGACCAGCCAACAAGAGCGUACAGGUCACAGUGGUGGGUAUUAUAUGGGGCUUUGGAGACAAAACGGAUGGCACUGUGAUAGACUACAUCCAAUUUUUUAAAAUUUUUGGCUAUUUUAAAAAACCCCCCCAAAAAAAGGGGGGGGUUUUUUUGGGGGGGGUUUUUUUUUUUUUUGGGGGGGGGGGGCGAAAUUUUGGGGUUUUUUUUUAAAAAAAAAUUUUUUUUAAAAAAAAGGGUUUUUUUCCCCCCCCCUAUUUUUAAAAACCCCCCGGGGGGGGGGGGGGGGGGGUUAAAAGGGGGGGGCCUUUUUUUUUUUGGGGGGGGGGGGGUUUUUAAAAAUUUUUUAAAAGGGGGGGGAAAAAAAAUUUAAAAAAAGGUGUUUUGGGGGGGGGUUUUGGGGGGGGGGGCCCCCCCCAAAAAGGGGAAAAAAAAACCCCCCAAAAAAAGGGGGAAAAAGGGCCCCCCCCCCCUUUCCCAAAAAAAUUUUUUAAAAAUUUUAAAAAAAGGGGAAAAAAAGGGGGGGUUUUUCCCCAAAAAUUUGGGGGAAAAAAGGGGGGGGAAAAAGGGGGGGGAAAACCCCGGGGGUUUUUUUUUGGGUUUUUUGGGCCCCAAGGGGGGGAAAAAACCCCCCCGGAAAAAAGGGGGGGGGGGUUUGGGGGUUUUUUUUUUUUUAAAAAAAAAGGGGGGGGGAAAAAUUUUUAAAGGGGCCCCCCAAAAGGGGGGGGAAAAACCCAACCCGGGGCUUUCCAAUUUGGGAAAAGGGGAAGGAAAAAGGGGGCCAAAAAAAUUUGGGGGAAAAAGGAAAAAAAAAAAAGAUUUUGGGGGGUUUUUUUCCCGAAAUUUUUUUUGGGGGGGGAAAGGGGGGGGGAUGGGGGGGGGGAGGGGAAAAGGGGGGGGGGGGAAAAGGGGGGGGUUUGGGCCCCGGGGAAAAAAGGGGGGGGAAAAAUUUUUUUGAAAUUUUUGGGGGGGGGUUUUUGGGGGGUGGGCCCGGGAAAGGGGGGGCCCGGGGUUUUUUUUUUUUUGGGGGGCCCCCAAAAAUUUUUUUUUUUUGGAAAAAUUUUUUUUUCCCCCUUUUUUCCCCCCGGGUUUUCCCCGGGGGGGGGGGGCCCCCCGGGGGAAAAAAUUUUUUUUUUUUUUUUUUUAAAAAUUUUAAGGGAAAUUUUUAAAAAAAAAAAAACCCCCCCCCCCAAAAAAAAAAUUUUUUUCCCCGGCCCAAAAGGGGGGGGGGGGGGGGGGGUGGGGGGGGGGGGGGGGGGGGGGGGGGGGGGGGGGGGGGGGGGGGGGGGGGGGGGGGGGGGGGGGGGGAAAAAAAAAAAAAAAAAAAAAAAAAAGGGGGGGGGGAAAAAAAAAAAAACCCCCAAAAAAAAUUUAAAAAAAAAAAAAAAAAAAAAGGGGGGGGGGGGGGGGGGGGGGCCCCUUUUUUUGGGGGGGGGGGGGGGGGGUUUUGGGGGGGGGGGGGGGGGGGGGGGCUGGGGGGGGGGUGGGGGGGGGGGGGGGGGGGGGGGGGGGGGGGGGGGGUUUGGGGGGGGGGGGGGGGGGGGGGGGGGGGGGGGGGGGGGGGGGGGGUUUUUUGGGGGGGGGGGGGGGGGGGUUUUGGGGGGGGGGGGGGUUUGGGGGGGGGGGGGGUUUUGGGGGGGGGGGGGGGGGGGGGGGGGGGGGGGGGGGGGGGGGGGGGUUUGGGGGGGUGGGGGGGGGGUUUUUUUAAAAAAAAAAAAAAAAAAAAAAAAGGGGGGGUUUUGGGGUUUUGGGGGGGGGGGGGGGGGGGGGGGGAGGUUUUUUGGGGUGGGGGGGUUUUUUUCCCGGGGGGGGGGCCCCAAAAAAAAGGGGGGAAAAUUUUUAAAAAACCGGGGGUUUUUUAAGGGGUUUUAAAAAAAUUUAAAAAAAAAUUUUUUUUUUUUUGGGGGGGUUUUUUUGGGGGGGGGGGGGGUUUUUUUGGGGGGGGGCCGGGGGGCCCUUUUUUGGGGAAAAGGGGUUUUUUGGGGGGGGCCCCCCCAAAAAAUUUUUUCCCCCCCCCCCCUUUUUUUUUUUUCCCCCGGGAAAUUUUUUUAAAAAAAAAAAAGGAACCCAAAAAAGGGGGGGGAUAAAGGAAAAAAAUAGAUCUUGGUUUCUACAGUAGAUUCCAACCCCCCCCUUUGGCAGUUCUAUCUAGACGGAAAAUGUUAUAGUUGGGGAUGGAAAUUUCAGAAUUUUUGGUGGCCUUCCUAAGCCCAGGAUUCAGACACUGCUAGAACAUCAGGGUUGGCGGAGGUGCUAACGCAGUGAAUAACUCAAACUUAGGAAGGAGGCUUCUGAUAUUUACGUGCAGAAAACCAAUACUUUUACGGUUACAGAAGUCAACAAAUGAUAGCUCCUGGGGAGUAGGAGUGAUACUGGGGGCUGCAGGGCCUGGGUUAGCCUCUACAUCACCAGAGGAACAGAGGAGGACUAGAAUAAGGAUACGACUAAAGGCUUUAAGAACUGGUCUUCUAGUGCGUUGGGUACAUAGAAUAAAGGGGGCAGUUCUCCGGGCGUUGUAGAAAAGAUUCAGGGCAUUAUGUACAGAAAAGGAUAUGGAAGGAUAUGAGUACAGUUCAGGUAACCCUAAGCGUUGGGUAACAAUGAAAGAGAUAGCGUCACUGGAGGCACCGAUUGAGCCGGUCUCGGCGUGUAUGGGGGGUGGAACAAAGGAACUAUUUGAGGCAGUUUGAGAGGGACUAGGGGUUCUACAGUGAAAUUGUAUAAUAAGAACUAACCCAAACAGCAAUAGGCAAGGCAUAAUUGACAUGGGAGAGAGGCAUAAAGCAGUCACAGGUGUUAUUAGAGAGAGCUAAGACAACAACUGGAAAUAGCGAUAAUGUUUGGGCUAAGGCUAAACAGAAUAAACAGGACAGGGUACCGUGUAAAGGAACAGUCCAGCAGGCAUCAGCUGUGCAGCUGAGUGAUCAUAAGGUCCAGUGAACAGCAAUAUGUGAGUCCGAGAGCAGUUCAAAUUGGUGCUUCAGCACAGCUAGCAGGGAGCACAGUUGUAGUUUGCGUGUGCUAGCGGGCCGGGGCUGGCAGAUGGAUCUUCGUGGUCGUCGCAACGGGAAGCCUGUUGAAACCACAUCAGACUAUUUCGUCGGCAGACCAGUCGUGUUGGAUCGGCGGGGCUCAGUGUCAACACUAGGAGGUCCCGUCCGGUUGACAGAGAGGUAGAUAGCCGGGAGAUGGGCCUGAGGCUAGCUCAAGGCUAACUGGUGCUUGCUAUAGGGCAAUGGUAAUCAGCCAACAACAGGUUGCAGCUAGCUAGCUGGUUGCGAUGAUCCGGCGCUAGGGUCCAGUGAUUCCGGCAGAAAGUCCAAUAAGCUCUGGGUCGAUAGCACGCUGGGUUGAUAGCACGCUGUGCAGACUGGCCGACGAAUUGUCCAGGCUAGAGCUAGAGCUGGCUGGUGGAUAGUGUAGGCCACGGACAGUGGUGAAGACGCUAACGGUGACUAAUAGUAAGUAGCCAUUCAGUUGCAGCUACACUAUUUUCAGCUUACGGUUCUCGAUGAAAGUUAUAAAGAAAUAAUAGAAUCCUUUCCACGUUGGGUGAGGCGGGUUGCAGGAAAGUAUAUUUAGUUAAAGAAUGAAAAGUAAAAAUUGAGAAAUAUAUACAAAAUAGACAAAAAAAACAAGAAACGGGAUAUUUACACAGGGACAAUGAAUAAAAGCGACCGCACUGCUACGCCAUCUUGGAAUGGAGAGUUCUUUGCCAUGAGGUGCCAUGUUGAACUUCCAGUGACCAGUAUGAGGGAGUGUGAGAGCGAAGACACCAAAUUUAACACACCUGCUCCCCAUUCACACCUGAGACCUUGUAACACUAACGAGUCACAUGACACAGGGGAGGGAAAAUGGCUAAUUGGGCCCAAUUUGGACAUUUUCACUUAGGGGUGUACUCACUUUUGUUGCCAGCGGUUUAGACAUUAAUGGCUGUGUGUUGAGUUAUUUUGAGGGGACAGCAAAUGUACACUGUUAUACAAGCUGUACACUCACUACUUUACAUUGUAGCAAAGUGUCAUUUCUUCAUUGCUGUCACAUGAAAAGAUAUACUCAAAUAUUUUCAAAAAUGUGAGGGGUGUACUCACUUUUGUGAGAUACUGUAUAUAUACACAGUUGAAGUCGGAAGUUUACAUACACUUAGGUUGGAGUCAUUAAAACUCGUUUUUCAACAACUCCACAAAUGUAUUGUUAACAAACUAUAGUUUUGGUAAGUCGAUUAGGACAUCUACUUUGUGCAUGACACAAGUAAUUUUUCCAACAAUUGUUUACAGAUAGAUUAUUUCACUUACAAUUCACUAUAUCACAUUUCCAGUUGGUCAGAAGUUUACAUACACUAAGACUGUGACCUCAAUCCUAUAGAAAAUGUGUGGGCAGAACUGAAAAAGCGUGUGCGAGCAAGGAGGCCUACAAACCUGACUCAGUUACACCAGCUCUGUCAGGAGGAAUGGGCCAAAAUUCACCCAACUUAGUGUGGGAAGCUUGUGGAAGGCUACCCGAAACAUUUGACCCAAGUUUAAACAAUUUAAAGGCAAUGCUACCAAAUACUAAUUGAGUGUAUGUAAACUUCUGACCCACUGGGAAUGUGAUUAAAGAAAUAAUAGCAGAAAUAAAUCAUUCUCUCUACUAUUAUUCUGACAUUUCACAGUAUUAAAAUAAAGUGAUGAUCCUAACUGACCUAAGACAGGGAAUUUUUACUAGGAUUAAAUGUCAGGAAUUGUGAAAAACUGAGUUUAAAUGUAUUUGGCUAAGGCGUAUGUAAACUUCCGACUUCAACUGUGUGUGUGUGUGUGUGUGUGUGUGUGUGUGAGAGGGGAAAAAAGUGUUUGAUCCCCUGCUGAAGAAACACAAAAUAACUGUCAAUCUCCCUCGGCCUGGGGCUCCAUGCAAGAUCUCACCUCGUGGAGUUGCAAUGAUCAUGAGAACGGUGAGGAAUCAGCCAAGAACUACAUGGGAGGAUCUUGUCAAUGAUCUCAAGGCAGCUGGGACCAUAGUCACCAAGAAAACAAUCGGUAACACACUAUGCCGUGAAGGACUGAAAUCCUGCAGCGCCCGCAAGGUCCCCCUGCUCAAGAAACCACAUAUACAGGCCCGUCUGAAGUUUGCCAAUGAACAUCUGAAUGAUUCAGAGGAGAACUGGGUGAAAGUGUUGUGGUCAGAUGAGACCAAAAUCGAGCUCUUUAGCAUCAACUCAACUCGCAGUGUUUGGAGGAGGAGGAAUGACCCCAAGAACACCAUCCCCACCGUCAAACAUGGAGGUGGAAACAUUAUGCUUUGGGGGUGUUUUUCUGCUAAGGGGACAGGACAACUUCACCGCAUCAAAGGGAUGAUGGACGGGGCCAUGUACCGUCAAAUAUUGGGUGAGAACCUCCUUCCCUCAGCCAGGGCAUUGAAAAUGGGUCGUGGAUGGGUAUUCCAGCAUGACAAUGACCCAAAACACACGGCCAAGGCAACAAAGGAGUGGCUCAAGAAGAAGCACAUUAAGGUCCUGGAGUGGCCUAGCCAGUCUCCAGACCUUAAUCCCAUAGAAAAUCUGUGGAGGGAGCUGAAGGUUCGAGUUGCCAAACGUCAGCCUCAAAACCUUAAUGACUUGGAGAAGAUCUGCAAAGAGGAGUGGAACAAAAUCCCUCCUGAGAUGUGUGCAAACCUGGUGGCCAACUACAAGAAAUGUCUGACCUCUGUGAUUGCCAACAAGGGUUUUGCCACCAAGUACUAAGUCAUGUUUUGCAGAGGGGUCAAAUACUUAUUUCCCUCAUUAAAAUGCAAAUCAAUUUAUAACAUUUUUGACAUGGGUUUUUCUGGAUUUUUUUGUUGUUAUUCUGUCUCUCACUGUUCAAAUAAACCUACCAUUACAAUUAUAGACUGAUCAUGUCUUUGUCAGUGGGCAAACGUACAAAAUCAGCAGGGGAUCAAAUACUUUUUUCCCUCACUAUAUAUAUAUAUAUAUAUAUAUAUAUAUAUAUAUUACUCACAGCGAGCAAAGUGAUCAUGCUGUUUGAAUGUGGCUGCUAUGAAAGUCAACUGUUUGCGUGUGAUCAGGGGUGUAUUCAUUCUGCCGAUUCUGUUGAAAAACGUUUCUUAAACGGAAGCAAAUGGAACGAAACGGGGAUGAACAUACCUGAAUUUAUCCAAUAGAAACUCUCGUAUGCAACUGUUGGACUAAUGUUUACACCCUAGAUCAACUAAAUGCCUGCAAGCGUGUGCAAUGUGGUAUUGAAUGUGUCACUGUCACCUUGGUUACUCAAAAUUAUCUUGACCUGUGCACCUACGUUGUAAACUUUAAUUCAUAGGCUAGAUAGUAGUAACCUCCUUAUGGGGACAGGGAACAUUUAAGUAUCAUGUAUUAGCCUAAACCUAUCGAUGUGAAUGGAAUAUGAAUGACAGUCCAUCCAAUAUAUGCUGUAAUAGAAAUAAGGCCAUGCUCAUAAAAAAAUUAAUCAUCCUCCCUUGUCUUUAACGGCACUGACUGCAACUGAAAUGCGCUGUCUGCCAUCUGCCCGGUACAGUUGAAACCGGGAUUCAUCCGUGAAGAGCACACUUUACCAGCAUAUCAGUGGCCAUCGAAGGUGAGCAUUUGCCCACUGAAGUCUGUUACGACGCCGAACUGCAGUCAGGUCAAGACCCUGGUGAGGACAACGAGCACGCAAAUGAGCUUCCCUGAGACGGUUUCUGACAGUUUGAAGAAAUUCUUUGUUUGUGCAAACCCACAGUUUCAUCAGCUGUCCGGGUGGCUGGUCAGAUGAUCCCAUAGAUGAAGAUGCCGGAUGUCGAGAUCCUUGGCUGGCGUGAUUACACAUCGUCUGUGGUUGUGAAGCCGGUUGGACGUACUACCAAAUUCUCUAAGACUACGUUGGAGGAGGCUUAUGGUAGAGAAAUUAACAUUCAAUUCUCUGGCAACAGCUAUGGUGGACAUUCCUGCAGUCUGCAUGCCAAUUGCAACUCCCUCAACUUGAGACCUCUGUGGCGUUGUGUGACAGCUGUACAUUUUAGUGGCAUUUUAAUGUCCCCUGCACAAGGUGCACCUGUGUAAUGAUCAUGCUGUUUAAUCCGUUUAUUGAUAUGCCACACCUGUCAGGUGGAUGGAUUAUCUUGGCAAAUGAGAAAUGCUCACUAACAGGGAUGGAUGUAAACACAUUUCUGCACAAUUUGAGAGAAAUACGCUUUUUGUGCGUAUGGAACAUUUCUGGAAUCUUAUUUCAGCUCAUGAAACGUGGGACCAGCACAUGUUGCGUUUUAUAUUUUUGUUCAGUGUAUAUAUGCCUUACUUUCUCAAAUAUAGACUAUUAGCUUUCAUUUGAACUCAAUUUGAUAUUCUCCUAUGAACUUCCAUGUUGGUGCUCGUGGGCCCUUUUACAUGGAAUGCAAAGAUGGAAUGUUUUAUAGUACGUGAAGUUUUGAAAAUGUUGUAUGCUUUAAAUGCCAGGAUGUCAUAAUCAUUUCGGCUUUUCAUCUAGUAUAUUUCAGCCUCUGUCUUUUUCACACCCACAAACAUACAUGCUUUCCUCUCUGGCGUUGUAUUCGCAGUGCAUGGUAAAAGUAAUGGUGGUCUAACCAGUUUUUUUUUAUGUGAUCAGGUGUUUAUCUUCCUGGGAGAGACCUUCCUGUCUAUGAACUGGGCCAUUGUAGCGGACAUUCUGCUGGUGAGUUCAGAUGUAUAACUAUCAUCUCUCUCUCUGUCUCUCUGUCUCUCUGUCUCUCUCUCUCUCUCUCUCUCUCUCUCUCUCUCUCUCUCUCUCUCUCUCUCUCUCUCUCUCUCUCUCUCUCUAAAGCGCAAUAUGGUUGUGCCCUAUUCAAUAAAUGUCCGUAUACAGAUGUUUCUGAUCAAAUUAGCGUGAUCUGUCUAGAGCAAUGUUGCCCAACUCCAGUCCUCGAGAACCCCCAACGGUACACAUUUUUGUUGAAGCCCAUGACAAACUCACCUGAUUCAACUAAUUGAUGGCUUGAUGAUUAGUUGACAAGUUGAAUCAGGUGUGCUUGUCUGGGGCUACAACAAAAAUGUGUACUAACUGGAAAGUAUGGAUUCGGUUUCUGAGGAAUUUAGAUCACGCCAAGUCAGUGGCAUAUACGAAUAGCCACAUUUCUAGGAAUAUAACCCAUGCAUGUAUCUCUUUAGUGCACAUUCUCAACCUUCCAACCUCAAGGUUACAGUGCAUUCGGAAAGUAUUCAGACCCCUUGACUUUAUCACAUAUUGUUACGUUACAGCCAUAUUCUAAAAUUGAUUAAAUCGUUUUUUUGUUUUCAUAAAUCUAUACACAAUACCCCAUAAUGACGAAGCAAAAACAGGUUUUUAGAAAUGUUUGCAAAUUUAUAAAAAAUAAAAAACAUUACUUUUACAUAAGUAUUCAGACCGUUUACUCAGUACUUCAUUGAUGCACCUUGGGCAGGGAGUACAGCCUCAAGUCUUCUUGGGUAUGACGCUACAAGCUUGGCACACCUGUAUUUGAGGAGUUUCUCCCAUUCUUCUCCGCAGAUCCUCUCAAGCUCUGUCAGGUUGGAUGGGGAGCGUCGCUGCACAGCUAUUUUCAGGUCUCUCCAGACAUGUUUGAUCGGGUUCAAGUCCGGGCUUUGGCUGGGCCACUUAAGGACAUUCAGAGACUUGUCCGAAGCCACUCCUGCGUUGUCUUGACUGUGUGCUUAGGGUCGUUGACCUGUUGGAAGGUGAACCUUCGCCCCAGUCUGAGGUCCUGAGCGCUCUGGAGCAGUUUUCCAUCAAGGAUCUCUCUGUACUUUGCUCUGUUCAUCUUUCCCUCACACCUGACUAGUCUCCCAGUCCCUGCCGCUGAAAAACAUCCCCACAGCAUGAUGCUGCACCACCAUGCUUCACCGUAGGGAUGGUGCCAGGUUUCCUCCAGAUGUGACGCUUGGCAUUCAGGCCAAAGAGUUCAAUCUUGGUUUCAUUAGACCAGAGAAUCUUGUUUCUCAUGGUCUGAGUCCUUUAGGUGCCUUUUGGAAAACUCGAAGCGGUCUGCCGUGCCUUUUUACUGAGUGGCUUCCGUCUGGCCAUUCUACCAUAAAGGCCAGAUUGGUGGAGUGCUGCAGAGAUGGUUGUCCUUCUAGAGGAACUCUGGAGCUCUGUCAGAGUGACAAUCGGGUUCUUGGUCACCUCCCUGACUAAGGCCCUUCUUCUACGAUUGCUCAGUUUGGCCGGGCAGACAGCUCUAGGAAGAGUCUUGGGGGUUGCAAACUUCUUCCAUUUAAGAAUGAUGGAGGCCACUGUUCUUGGACCUUCAAUGCUGCAGAAAUUUUUUGAUACCUUUCCCCAGAUUUGUGCCUCGACACAAUACUGUCUCGGAGCUCUACGGACAAUUCCUUCGACUUCAUGGCUUGGUUUUUGCUCUGACAUGCACUGUCAACUGUGGGACCCUAUAUAGACAGGUGUGUGCCUUUCCAUAUCAUGUCCAAUCAAUUGAAUUCAAGUUGUAGAAACAUCUCAAGGAUGAUCAAUGGAAACAGGAUGCAUCUGAGCUCAAUUUCCAGUCUCAUAGCAAAGGAUCUGAACACAUACAGUGAGGGGAAAAAAGUAUUUGAUCCCCUGCUGAUUUUGUACAUUUGCCCACUGACAAAGACAUUAUCAGUCUAUAAUUUUAAUGGUAGGUUUAUUUGAACAGUGAGAGACAGAAUAACAACAAAAAGAUCCAGAAAAACGCAUGUCAAAAAUGUUAUGAAUUGAUUUGCAUUUUAAUGAGGGAAAUAAAUAUUUGACCCCUCUGCAAAACAUGACUUAGUACUUGGUGGCAAAACCCUUGUUGGCAAUCACAGAGGUCAGACGUUUCUUGUAGUUGGCCACCAGGUUUGCACACAUCUCAGGAGGGAUUUUGUCCCACUCCUCUUUGCAGAUCUUCUCCAAGUCAUUAACGUUUCGAGGCUGACGUUUGGCAACUCGAACCUUCAGCUCCCUCCACAGAUUUUCUAUGGGAUUAAGGUCUGGAGACUGGCUAGGCCACUCCAGGACCUUAAUGUGCUUCUUCUUGAGCCACUCCUUUGUUGCCUUGGCCGUGUGUUUUGGGUCAUUGUCAUGCUGGAAUACCCAUCCACAACCCAUUUUCAACGCCCUGGCUGAGGGAAGGAGGUUCUCACCCAAGAUUUUACAGUACAUGGCCCCGUCCAUUGUCCCUUUGAUGCGGUGAAGUUGUCCUGUCCCCUUACCAGAAAAACACACCCAAAGCAUGUUUCCACCUCCAUGUUUCACGGUGGGGAUGGUGUUCUUGGGGUCAUAGGCAGCAUUCCUCCUCCUCCAAACAUGGCGAGUUGAGUUGAUGCCAAAGAGCUCGAUUUUGGUCUCAUCUGACCACAACACUUUCACCCAGUUCUCCUCUGAAUCAAUCAAAUGUUCAUUGGCAAACCUCAGACGGGCCUGUAUAUGUUCUUUCUUGAGCAUGGGGACCUUGCGUGUACUGCAGGAUUUCAGUCCUUCACGGCGUAGUGUGUUACCAAUUGUUUUCUUGGUGACUAUGGUCCCAGCUGCCUUGAGAUCAUUGACAAGAUCCUCCCGUGUAGUUCUGGGCUGAUUCCUCACCGUUCUCAUGAUUUCACGAGGUGAGAUCUUGCAUGGAGCCCCAGGCCGAGGGAGAUUGCCAGUUAUUUUGUGUUUCUUCCAUUUGCGAAUAAUUGCACCAACUGUUGUCACCUUCUCACCAAGCUGCUUGGCGAUGGUCUUGUAGCCCAUUCCAGCCUUGUGUAGGUCUACAAUCUUGUCCCUGACAUCCUUGGAGAGCUCUUUGGUCUUGGCCAUGGUGGAGAGUUUGGAAUCUGAUUGAUUGCUUCUGUGGACAGGUGUCUUUUAUACAGGUAACAAACUGAGAUUAGGAGCACUCCCUUUAAGAGUGUGCUCCUAAUCUCAGCUCGUUACCUGUAUAAAAGACACCUGGGAGCCAGAAUUCUUUCUGAUUGAGAGGGGGUCAAAUACUUAUUUCCCUCAUUAAAAUGCAAAUCAAUUUAUAACAUUUUUGACAUGCGUUUUUCUGGAUGUUUUUGUUGUUAUUCUGUCUCUCACUGUUCAAAUAAACCUACCAUUAAAAUUAUAGGCUGAUCAUUUCUUUGUCAGUGGGCAAAUGUACAAAAUCAGCAGGGGAUCAAAAACUUUUUCCCCCUCACUGUAUGUAAAUAAGGUGUUUCUGUUUUUUUAUUUUUAAUACUGUGGCAGACCAGGGGGUUUGAUCAAGACAUUUACACAGAUCAGACACAAGUGUGACACCUCAGUUUCAAGGGUGUUUAUUUAAAACAAUAAAGAAAAAUAAACCGGUCUCCUCCAGGAAACCUCUUCUGGGUUAACGCCUUCUGGGCUCCGGGGAAUGCUGUCUCCUCUGAGGUAGAACACCGAGCUCCUCGGUUCUAGCAGACUGUGAGGAUUUCUAUCCAGUAGCAACCUCUCACUACCUCCAACCCUCCCGUGUGCUGCCCUCCUGGCAGCUUUAUGGGCCCCGUAUGGCUGGUGAGCAAUCAGCCCCUUGAUUACUCACCAGCCCCAAUUAGUCCUGGCCGGAGGACCCGUCGAGACCUGGCAUGUCUAGCAGAGGGAGCCACUGCCGCGUGAUGUAGACUGUCACCAGACCUUGACGAGUCUCCCCCUGGUGUCAUUAUGGGGUAUUGUGUGUAGAUUGACAGGGAAAAAAUGAUUGAAUCCAUUUUAGAAUAAGGCUGUAAUGUAACGAAAUGUGGAGACAGUCAAAGGGUCUGAAUACUUUCCGAAUACACUGUACUUAUGUAUUGUGCUGAUUUUAUAAGAUAUACAAAAAAGUUUGCUAAUUCUUUCCUCUCUCUCUCUCCCUCCAUCUUUCUCAGUACGUGGUUGUCCCCACUCGUCGUUCCACAGCUGAGGCCUUCCAGAUCGUUCUCGCUCACCUCCUUGGAGAUGCUGGUAGUCCUUAUCUCAUAGGAGUGGUAUGUCACGUGAUUUAUUAUCACACACACACACAUAAACGCCUACCUACACAUUUGAUACACACACACACACUUGUCUAAAGAAACCGAGUAUGAUCCUCAUUUACUGUGUAACAUCCCCCCCCCCCCCAUCAGGUGUCAGACUCUCUGAAGCAGACUGACUCGUACCUGUGGCAGUUCCGCUCCCUGCAGCUCUCCCUCCUCACCUGCUCUUUCGUGGCAGUGGGGGGCGGGGCUUUCUUCCUGGCUACCGCCCUCUUCAUCGAGAAGGACCGUCAAUGUGCCGCAAACUACGCAAUCUCAGGUGAGAGGCUAAACUUGGAGCUACCUUUAUGUGCCCGGCCUCAGAUUAGCAACAGGUGACGCUAUGACAGCCUAACUAUGAAUGCAUGUGAAGUGGUGAAAGUCACACAAUUCAAUGAGGAGCCUUAAAAAAAAUCUCCCUUAUUUUACCAGGAACGUUGACUGAACACAGUUUCAGUUACAGCAAUGAACUGGGGAAUAGUUACAGGGGAUGAAUAAGCCAAUUGGGAGCUGAGGAUAAUUAGGUGGCCAUCAUCUAAUCCCUACAAUAAGUGCCAUGGGAUCUUUAUUGACCACAGAGAGUCAGGACACCCAUUUAAUGUCCAGUCCAAAAGACGGCACCCUACACAGGGCAAUGUCCCCAAUCACUACCCUGGAGCAUUGGGAUAUUUCUUUUGACCGGAGGAAAGAGUGCCUCCUACUGGCCCUCCAACACCACUUCAAGCAGCAUCUGGUCUCCCAUCCAGGGACACACCAAGACCAACCCUGAUUAGCUUCAGAGGCAAGCCUGAAGUGGGAUGCAAGGUGGUAUGCUGCUGGCCCAACACUGGUCUAACACUGUUACUCCUGCUAACUACGGGUAUGUGAGGGAGAGUUUUGAGAGACUAACAAUAGUUGAGAGCAACCACAGAUGAGACUGGUAGAGAUGACUCUACAGACCACAGGUGAUGUUAGCAGAGAGAGGCUAGUAACAGUUACAAGAAACUGCCAGGUCACAUAUUCUGCUCAUCUUGAUAAUUGUACUGUCCUGCAUUUUCUUUCCCUGACAGAUGAUGAACCAAUUGUUGUACCCAAGAGCGGCAGGUCCACGAGGGUGCCAGUGUCCAGCGUUCUGAUUUGAGGAGAUCAAAGGGACGUUGGUGACUCCUGUGGAAGAUGCUGCACCCUGAUUGGUCCCUGUUUCAGUGACCAAUCGCGCAGCAGUGUUUUUACAACUAUGGUCUUUGAUUGUAUUUGUAACAUUUUAGAUUAUAUGGUUUUUAAUACCUUUAUCUGCUGAUGAACAUGGCAGAGUCAGAGCUGCCAAACCUUCCGCUCAUCAUUUCCUUGUGUUUUUGUAGUCACCAACCAGAUAUUCCACUUCUGAUUGUCUUCACAUGUUGUCAUGACAACAUGAGACAUAGUGGCUUAUGAGAAAUGUAUGCAGAGUAAAAGUCAAAGAGCCACAUCAGUGGAAGCCUAACCUCUGUGGCUGGAAGAGGUGACCGGAUAGAAGAAAGGACUUUCAGAGAGGGAAUUUCAGAGGAGAAGCAGCUACUUUACCCGAGGGAGAGAAGGAAGCAGAAAAGCCUUUUUGCAUUCCGAUGCAUGCACCCCCAUUAAAUCUCCUGUUGCAGCCAAUGUGUCGCAGGGUCACAGAUAGGGUGUCACUCUUAGACAGACACUCAUCCGUUAUUCUACAGGGACCAUAUGUCGACGGUAGAGACCUCUGGAAAACCGGCAGGAUAUUUUUCACCCCAGCGCUCUGAUUGCGCUGUAACCACUACAUCCCAACUACUGCUGCUGUACUUCUUGCUUUGGUCUGAAACGCAGAGCUCUGAUUGGCCACGGAACAACUACGGCUGGCCCAUUUCAAAGCCAUUCCAACCAGUGCUGUCAUCCUCCCGUCAACAAACUAAGACUGUAAAUAUGAUGCUUGUCCGUUCAGUGUAACCACAUACUACUUACUACAUACAGUAUCAGACCGAUUUAAAGGGAGUUGGCAGGCACAGGCCCGUGGUACCCGCAUUGGACUCCAAACCCACCGAUCUGUUGUCGGAUGUUGCAUUUUUAACAGAUUAAGCCUAAUAAUCCUUGUUCUGUUUUUAGACCCGUUUUGGUAUAUUAUAAUAAUAACACUAGAUUUGUCCCUCGGCUCCCUAGAAAAUGGUAGCGGGACAAAUGUCUGUUCCAGACAGGUGCAGAAGAUAAUCUAUGGUUUUUAAGACUAUUGUUUUUAUUAGUGGUGUUUUUAUGGAAUGUUCCGGGCGGUCAGGUGUACUUUGGGUUUUUGUGACCUCAUAUAGAGGCACUGAUGUCACAAAGUCCAGGAUAUAAAAUCAGGUCUAUUACAGAGUGUACAUUUCUUAAUUGUCUGAGGAAAAUGUAUAUCCCUUUUUUAAUGAAGGCGUUAAAUUAUUUAAAAAAUAUAUAUUGGUUAUUUUGGAAAGAAACUUUUUUGUUAAAGUUGCUAGUUUCUAAUAUGAAUUUGAUUUGAUGUAACCUUUUGUUGAAACAUUAAACGAUGAGAAAGGACUGUUGUUGAGAUGACUCAUGGAAUGAUUUCUCUAUGUAUCUGUGCAGAUGUCACUUAGUGCUUUGCAGAUGCAGAGGUGAUAAAUGUGUCUUUGAAGCUUGGAUCCUGUAAGCCCAUAGCCAGGUUUUCAUGGAGGGUUGUAGACUAUGCUGCACAAGUGCAGCUGUAACCUCUCUCAUUCAGCCUUUCUAUACCUUUCCCCCUCUCCUGUCACUCCUAUGACAUCUCCCUCUCCUCUGCCCCUCUCUCAUUCAGGAAUUCCUCCUCUACCCUUAUUUGUUUCAGUUGUCUACACAGUCUCUCUCCUCUUUGAUGGAGAGCGAGAGAAAGAGGAGCUCACGGCUUCCUUCCGUUGGUGUGGUUUCCUGUUUGUAGGUGGGAGGGUGAGCGAGAAAGCAGGUCGCUUAAACAACGUUCACACAAUAUUCAAUCUUAACGCUGCUGCGAGACGGUGUGUGUGUGUGCGCCCACAUGAGUGUGUAUGUCCAGAGCAGUUUGACAUUUGUGUUCUUCUGAGAACUAGCGUCUUCUCAGAUGCUCAGGCAGUUAAACCAGGAUGGUAACACUCAAUGCAACAUGCCUUGCCAACCAGCUUUUCUGAUGGCAGUCUGCUAGAGGAGCAUCUAUAGUGGCGGAAACAUUUCCCCUAAAAUGAUUGUCUGGAGACAAUAAUAAUGAGUACACUGAUGAAGAUGGGGAACACACACACAGAGCUACAGUGAGGGAAAAAAGUAUUUAAUCCCCUGCUGAUUUUGUACAUUUGCCCACUGACAAAGACAUGAUCAGUCUAUAAUUUUAAUGGUAGGUUUAUUUGAACAGUGAGAGACAGAAUUACAACAAAAACAUCCAGAAAAACGCAUGUCAAAAAUGUUAUAAAAUAAAAUAUAAUAAAUUGAUUUGCAUUUUAAUGAGGGAAAUAAGUAUUUGACCCCUCUGCAAAACAUGACUUAGUACUUGGUGGCAAAACCCUUGUUGGCAAUCAGAGGUCAGACGUUUCUUGUAGUUGGCCACCAGGUUUGCACACAUCUCAGGAAGGAUUUUUUUCCACUCCUCUUUGCAGAUCUUCUCCAAGUCAUUAAGGUUUCGAGGCUGACGUUUGGCAACUCAAACCUUCAGCUCCCUCCACAGAUUUUCUAUGGGAUUAAGGUCUGGAGACUGGCUAGGCCACUCCAGGACCUUAAUGUGCUUCUUCUUGAGCCACUCCUUUGUUGCCUUGGCUGUGUGUUUUGGGUCAUUGUCAUGCUGGAAUACCCAUCCACAACCCAUUUUCAAUGCCCUGGCUGAGGGAAGGAGGUUCUCACCCAAGAUUUGAUGGUACAUGGCACCGUCCAUCGGUGAAGUUGUCCUGUCCCCUUAGCAGAAAAAUACCCCCAAUGCAUAAUGUUUCCACCUCCAUGUUUGACGGUGGGGAUGGUGUUCUUGGGGUCAUAGGCAGCAUUCCUCCUCCUCCAAAUACGGCGAGUUGAGUUGAUGCCAAAGAGCUCGAUUUUGGUCUCAUCUGACCACAACACUUUCACCCAGUUCUCCUCUGAAUCAUUCAGAUGUUCAUUGGCAAACUUCAAGUACUUUUUUCCCUCACUGUAUAAGAGGCACCUGUCGGGAUUUGCCAUUCCAUGUCUGUGUCGUAUACUUUAUCUAACUGACAUUUCUGAGUUGAUUUUCAGAUUCUACUUCCCUGACUCAAAAAUAAAGCAUUAUUACUGACAGCUCAAUUAGCAGCUCAGUUGACGAUAACUGAUUAUUGACUCGUAUGGACCAAAUGAUAGCCAAGGGUCUGAAUGUUGGCCACUUCUUAUGCUGUUCCCACUGUUCCUUCUACAGCAUAAACACUGGUCCAAAUACAGACCCUUGUGGUACCCCGGUGUAGGAUUUUGAUUUAGAACUAUAGGAUGGUACAUGCAUCUUUUGAACCAUGAACUGAAUACUUGUCAUUCCCUGUAUUUUAAUGUGCGUUUCAGGUCUCUUUGAGAGGUAGCGAGAGAGAGAAGGAGGCGAUAAGAUCAGAGGUACGGUGGUGGGGAGAGGUGAUC